UGUUUCCCUCUUCCUCACUGUUGUGAGGCGCGACUAGCGAGGGCGGGCUAGCGCUGCAGCUUUUAAACUGUAUUCUCUGUAUUAGUAAGAUUUGAGACAAUUAAAAUUCACACAUCCGCACAAAUUGCUACCACGUACCAACUGAAGGCCAAAGCAGAAUCAGAGCUCGGUGCUUUCCCCCGCAGACACUAAACCACCAUGAAGCUAACGGACAAUGUGCUGCGGAGCUUCAGGGUAGCCAAGGUGUUCCGAGAGAACUCCGACAAAAUUAACUGCUUCGACUUCAGCUCAAACGGAGAAACUAUUAUUUCCAGCAGCGACGACGACUCGUUAGUCUUGUACGACUGCCAGGAGGGAAAACCCAAGAGGACCCUCUACAGUAAAAAGUAUGGAGUGGAUCUAAUAAGGUACACACAUGCUGCAAACACGGUGGUCUACAGUUCCAACAAAAUUGAUGAUACCAUCAGAUACUUAUCCCUUCAUGACAACAAAUACAUCAGAUAUUUUCCUGGACACAAUAAAAGAGUGACAUCUCUCUCCAUGUCUCCUGUGGAUGAUACAUUUAUUUCUGGCUCAUUAGAUAAAACCAUCAGGCUAUGGGAUCUGCGAUCACCUAACUGCCAAGGCUUGAUGCACCUGCAGGGGAAGCCAGUGUGCUCUUUUGAUCCAGAGGGUCUCAUUUUCGCUGCUGGAAUAAAUUCAGAGAUGGUUAAACUUUAUGACCUGCGGUCAUUUGACAAGGGUCCCUUUGCAACCUUCAAACUUCAGUAUGAUCGGACAUGUGAAUGGACAGGGCUCAAGUUUAGCAAUGACGGGAAGCUUAUUCUUCUUUCCACUAAUGGAGGAGCCCUUCGUAUCUUGGAUGCUUUUAAGGGGGCUGUGCUACAUUCCUUUGCGGGCUACAACAACAGUAAAGGUGUAACGCUGGAAGCCUCUUUCACCCCAGAUUCUCAGUUUGUGAUGAUUGGCUCAGAAGACGGAAAGAUCCACGUGUGGAAUGCGGAGAGUGGUAUGAAGGUGGCAUUAUUAGAUGGGAAACACACAGGGCCGAUCACCUGUCUGCAGUUCAACCCCAAGUUCAUGACGUUCGCCAGUGCCUGCUCCAACAUGGCAUUCUGGCUCCCCACCAUUGACGACUAAUGUAGAGACGAGCUGUGGCUUCUGUCGAAGCAGACGGAUCCUCAGACCAGCAGGGGUCAGCACGUCAGCUGUGUCCCCAUCACAGCCAUGCUACACAAUUACGUUCAUAUUGUAAAUACGGAGUCUGCAGGAAUGAUUGCCUGCCUGUUUUUUUUAUAUAUAUUUCUAUUUAAUAUUAAAACAUUUUUCUUUGUAA